CACGUGACUGUCACGUGAUCAAACAAAAUGGCUUCAAGCGUACAGAAAUUGACUCCGUUAGCAGCUGUUGAAAAACUGUCAGAGCGAAUAAUACGAAUAUUAGGAUGCAAUCCAGGGCUUCACACUCUGCAAGGGACUAAUACAUAUCUUAUUGGAAGCGGCAAACGGAGAAUUCUUGUAGACACAGGGAGUCCAGGUAAUUCCGAGUAUAUUAAAGGAUUACAGAAAGCUCUCACAGACAGUUGCUCUUCAAUACAGGAGAUAGUUUUAACACACUGGCAUCACGACCAUGUCGGAGGUGUCAAACAAAUCUUCUCCGAUGUACUCAAUGAUGAAGUUGGUGUGUCCAAGUUCAAGAGACUAUCUCAACCUGACGAGGAUAUAAGUCCAGCAAAAUAUACGUUUGUUGAAGAUAAACAUGUGUUCAAAACGGAGGGUGCUACCCUAAGAGCUAUACAUACCCCUGGUCACACGGAAGAACAUAUGAUACUAUAUUUAGAAGAGGAGAACGCUGUGUUAGCUGGAGAUACCAUACUGGGAGAGUCUACGGCAGUAUUUGAAGACCUUCAUUCAUAUAUGCAGUCAUUACAGAAGAUAUUAGACUUAAAGCCAAGUAUUCUGUAUCCAGGUAAUAUUAUAACUAACUUAUAUCUCGGGUCUCAAGAGGUGCGCUAA